AUGGGGAGUGUGGAUUUGAUUCAGGCAAAGAAUUGGAUCGAGGAGAUUGAGAAGAUUCUAGAUGUCUUGAACUGCACUAAGAAGCAAAAGGUAGCCUUUGCGACGUUCAAGCUGACGGGCAAAGCAGAGAGGUUGUGGAAGUUAGUUAAGAUGCUUGAAGAGCAUCGACUUACUCCUAUGGUUCUAAUGUGGGCUCGGUUCAAAGAUAUAUUCUUUGAAUGGUAUUUUCUAACCACGGUAAAAAAUGCCAAGAUGGAGGAAUUCAUAAGUCUGGAACAAGGGCAGCUAUCAGUUCAGCAGUAUGUUGCCAAAUUCCAGGAGCUAUCCCAUUUUGCUUCAUUCAUGAUUCCGGACGAGGCAAAGAAGGCUUGGAAGUUUCAGAGGGGCUUGAAGAAGGAGAUUAGGAAGCAGACUGUGAUUUGGCAGAUGCAGGACUUUGCUACUUUGGUAGAUAAAGCCACCAUAGCAGAAGAAAGCCUGCAGGAGGACCUUGAGGUUCAGGUUCCAAAGAAGAGGCUAGCGCCUCCUAGUUCAUCCUCUAGCUCAAGGUGGGGUAACUGGAAGAAGACCAACAGUGGUGUUUCUUAG